GCGGCUCUUACAUGGUGUAAGACACAGUAUACGUCACACCAUUGUUUUCUUAUUUCCAGUUGUGAUGAAAUUCUAUUGUGACGUAUACUGUGUCUUCUACACCAAGUAAGAUGUUCACCGGUAAAAUAGAUUGUGAGAUAUCUUUUAAAUCAUAGAGACACGGCGUUUUUGAGGAAGAUGGUAUUUCAGAAAAUAAGAAGAUGAACAUGUACUGUAGCGAUGGCGAUUUCCUCUUCUCGAUUUCAGAGAGUCACGCUGUAUUCCUUGCUGCUUUUGGCGAUGAUUCUCGUUUACCAAAUCUACCAUCAUGGAGGCAAGCUGCUUAGCAAAAAUCAACAAGAACGAAAAGACGACUGGACCAAGCAUUUGCAAUCAAAUCAUGUGAAAUUGUCUCGGACAAAAGCAGCGAUAGAAUCGCCACAGCCUAUUCGAAGAGACUUGAAAAAAACCGCCGAACAAGGGAAUCCAAUAUUGCAGAUGGAAGUGAAGAGAUUAAAAACCCGCAUAAAUCGGAAAGAUAGUCUUAUUGAAAAGCUGACUGCUCAGUUAGAAAAGGAAAAAUCUCGAGCAGAGAAAUUGAAUCAGGUGAUUGGGAACUUGAAGGUUGAAAACACGCAAUUACAGGCGGAAGUCGAGAGUAACUCUAACGGGGUCACGAGCGGUAGAAGUGAACAAAACACUGGCCUGAAGAAAGAACUCGGUUCCCUGAUUAAAACAUCUCCAAAAAUCAGCGAUAUUCAUAUAUCACAACGAAUUCCAUUUGAGAGUUUCGCCAAAACGCAUCUCUUCGAAUACUCCCCUAAAAAGAAACCGAAAGAAUAUAUUUUCCAUGGUCAAAAUUCGAACACGCGGAGAGUAAAAUCCGGAGAGCGCCAUCUUGUCCAAGCACAAGAUAUCGGUGUCAACUUUAUCAACACAAACACGUCAUACCACGUAAGCCGCGAAAACAUGGUGGAUGGGGUCUACAGAAUCGAUAUCAACACUGGUAUUGAUUAUGAACUGUAUUUCAAAGAUCCGUCAGCGAAUAAAUUUAUCACAGUGCGGCUUAUUCGCCCAUUAGGUGUUCUGCAACCAGUUGCUCUACCAGAAGACAAUAGAGGUCCGAAUGAACUUAUAAACUUAAUUGUUCCCUUAUCUGGGCGCCUUGAACGAUUUCAACAGUUUAUGGAUAUGUUUGUGGAAGUGUGCAUUAAAAUUGACAAAAACGUGUUUUUGACAGUGGUCUUAUACGGAGCCUCGGACUUCAACACUGUAAAAACUACCCUCAAAGAUUUGGAAGUUACGUAUGGUUUUAAAAAGUAUCAACUUAUCAUGCGGGAUAAACCGUUUUCUCGGGGGAGAGCUUUACAUGAUGGUGUCAUGUACUGGAGUAGCAGCCCGAAAAAUGUUUUAAUGUUUUUCUGUGAUGUGGACAUAACGAUUCGCCCUGAUUUUCUUCGAAGGUGUCGCAUGUACACUCAAAGGAAGGAGAAAAUUUAUUAUCCGAUGGUGUUCAGCUUGUUUAAUCCAAAGAAUGUUUACGAACAAGGAACUAUUCCACCACCCGCAGAACAACUCAAAAUUGACCGGAAGUACGGCUUUUGGCGUGAAUAUGGGUUUGGAAUGACUUGUCAGUACAGAGCAGACUAUCUCCGUGUUGGUGGAUUUGAUUUAAACAUCGAAGGCUGGGGAACUGAAGACUUGGGAUUGUACCAAAGAUAUCUGCAACAAGCAAACAUCAGAAUCAUUCGUGCCCCUGACAGAGAUCUUUUCCAUCAAUAUCACGACAAAAAGUGCGACCCUAGCCUUUCUGAGGAGCAGUACCGGUCAUGCCUCGGAUCCAAGGCGAAAGUUGAGGGAACACACACUCAGAUCGCUAUACAGCUGACAAAACUUAGAGAGAAGUAUGAACCAGAGUCACAAUCUGAGAACGGUUAUUGAGAUCAAACUAUUGAAAGAAACAAGUGCCAGCCCGUGACACGUGACCGUCACGAGGUGAAUUAAGCUGCCCACACGAGGAAAUCAACAAAACAGAUACAACUAGAGACAAUUCCAGAGCUGGGCGCUGCCUUUGAAUUCAAUCAUGAACUGAGUCGAUUGUUUCAAUGGCGACAGAUCACAUCAACGUUGGGAAAGUUACGAAAUGUUGCGUUUGUUGUAACCUGUCUGGAAAUUCAAAUUUUACAAGAAGUUUCCGUUCGAAUGGAACCACAAUUCUAUUCCCUUUUUGAAUGGAAUGUUGAAAAUUGCAACAAAUUGUCCUUCUUGUUCGAUAGAAAUUAAAUAAAUACAGAUAUUGCUAAAAGCUCCAUUCAUGUUUGAA